AUGCCUGCUUCCGUCGCCAGCGGUGAGGAAGAGGAGUACGAGACCUCCAACCCCAUCAUUGACAUUGACGACCUCCAAAACCAUGGCAUCAACGCAUCCGACAUCCAGAAGCUCAAGUCGGGCGGCUUCUACACCGUUGCGGGAGUCCUCCAAGCGAUGACCAAGAACUUGACCAAAAUCAAGGGCUUCUCUGAAGUCAAGGUUGAGAAGGUCAAGGAGGCUGCGAAGAAGUCUUCUGUGAGUAUUCUCAACAUCACCACGUGUCAUAGGCGCUGAUAUCCUGGUAGCCCGUCGGUAAGAGGUUCCAGACUUGUGGUGAGCUGCUCCACCAACGCAAGGCUUGCUUCCGUAUCUCGACUGGCAGUGAGAGCUGGAACAAGAUUCUCAAGGGUGGCUUUGAGUCCUCCAGUGUCAAUGAGGUCUACGGCGAGUAUCGAUGCGGAAAGACUCAGCUUUCUCAUACGCUGUGCGUGACUGCACAGCUGCCCAAGUCUUCUGGAGGCGCGGAGGGCAAGGUUGUGGUGCUCGACACUGAAGGGACCUUCAGACCGGAGAGAAUCCAGCAGAUUUCGGAGCGCUUUGGCUGUAUGUUCAUCCCAUCACUUGUCUAGGCAUUGAUUGACCAGACGUAGUGGAUCCCGAUGGAGUGAACGAGAACAUCCUUAUUCGUCGUAUCUGGAACUCAGAGGAGCAGCAAGAAGAGCUUUGCGGUCUGGCCGAAGAACUUGCAGGCGGAGAAUAUCGGCUUCUCAUUGUCGACAGCAUCAUGAAUCUCUUCCGCACCGACUACUCCGGCCGCGGCGAGCUGGGCGAACGCCAGCAGAAACUCGGACAGCACCUUCGCAAGCUGGUCCAGAUUGCCGAAGAGUUCAACAUUGUCGUCUUCAUGACCAACCAAGUUCAGUCCGAUCCUGGUGCCAGUGCUCUCUUCGCCAGUGCCGAUGGACGCAAGCCUAUUGGCGGUCACGUCCUUGCCCAUGCUUCGACCACUCGCGUGCUACUCCGCAAGGGCCGUGGCGAAGAACGUGUCGCCAAGAUCAUGGACAGUCCAGGUAUGGGUUUCCUUCAUCUUGCCGCUGAACAUGACAUUAACAUAUUCUUCCAGACUGCCCAGAGGGCGAGGCAACCUAUGUCAUUACUACCGGCGGGAUCAACGAUCCCGAGAAGGCCUAA